AUGUUGAAUUUCACGGGUCAAACAAGGAGAAGGAAUGUUAAUCUGGGGAAUAGGGCUCGAAAUACAAAAAAGGAUUUACUGGAGAAGGCCAAAAGGGAACGUGAAAGGAGAGCUCAAGAUAAACUUAAAGAAGACGCUAGUAAAACCAUCCAGAAAAGCAUUAGAAGACAUUUCGCAAAUGUUAGGCUCUUCAAGAGCACGUUUACGAAUUCGCAACUAGUUCAUAUGAUACCAGCUUACGGGGGCAAAUUAAUCUAUUACAUUUCUCAAUAUGAUCUGCAACAACUGUUGAAGCUAUCACAUGAUUUUUUGAGUUUCUACCCUAAUUCGCUAGGUAACAAACAGCUGUUGAGCUUGUUGAAGCUAUAUCAAGAUGAUACACUGGUGGCUGAAACUAUAAGCGAUCUGAACAUGAAAUAUGCUACCGUUGACGAAUUUUUAAAUAGUCUAUCCAUUUAUCUUCGUAGAGCUUCCUGCUUAAAUUAUUCUUCAGCUUCUAAAUUGGCUGAUGUUAUAGAGGCAUGGGGAGUGAUGGGUAGCAGUGCCUCCACCAGUAUCUUUUCGAUACCGCUAGGAUCUUAUGAAGAACGGCCAUUUGCAUUAGAGUUUUACUGCAUACUUGCGGAAAGAAACCUUUUACCCAAGUUUAUCAACACAGAUCCGAUAUUAUGGGAUAACAUGGCAAAGACAUAUUCACAUUGCAGUAGAGACGGCCAAAAAAAUAUCGCCAAGCUGCUGAUACCAAAUUUCAACAAUCAUAUUGCUUCGUCGGUCUUGCCUAGCGAUAACGACUAUGUCUUGAAAUUCUACGAAAAGACGUUUAUAGAUGAAGUUAUCUCUACUACCACAAAUCAUGUUUCUGAUGAAGAUCACGUUAAAAAUUUGAUGUGCUACAUUGCAAGCUCCCCCAAUCAAAGCUGUAAAAAUUCUGUCCUUAUUACAUUACUUUCUAACAAGGAGUUUGUGAGAAAACUCUCGUGGGAAUUCUUUCACACAAAGUUUAAUGCGAGUAAGACCGAGGCCCACCCUCUCUUUUCAGUUUUAGCACAGCUCAUCGACAUGCACCUUUUAAUAUCGACUGAUCGGGAGUUGUUAGAUUAUAACUCUGUGAUACCCAUUGAAGAACUGAAGAGAUUUACAUCCACAUUAAAGGAUUUUACUUUCCGACAAUAUUGGGAAUUACCUAAAACUGAAAGGAACCCCAUGUUAAAGGAAGCAGUACCACUUUUGAGCAAAGUUUACGAAAGAGACUCAAGAUUGCACUUUCUAUCCUCAGGGAAUAAUCCAACCUACUGGGAAAACUCAGAAAAGCAAUUUUUGAAUUUGAGGUUUUACGAAGAGUUACAGGAGUAUGAAGAUUUGUAUAGAGAACACUUAGAACAGGAAAAUGAUGAGGAUAUGGAAAAGGAAAUAGAUCUUGAUAAGGAAAGGCCUUCACUGAAGUCUUUAUUACUAAACAAAAUGAAAAAGAGGUUAAAAUCAUCAUUACGUUUCCGGAAGCUGGAAAUACUUUUGGAAUUACCAUUUUUCAUUCCUUUUGAGGAAAGAGUGGACCUAUUUUACAUGUUCAUUGCGCUUGACAAGAAACGGUUAUCCUUAGAUGACGACCACAACUUAAUGAAUAUGUUUGCUCCUUGGGCUUCGACCGGCAUGAGGAAACAAUCCGCUAUUAUCUCUAGAGAAAAUGUCUUAGAAGAUGCUUUCAACGCAUUUAACUCUAUAGGAGAAAGGUUCAAAGCAUCAUUGGAUGUUACUUUCAUAAAUGAAUUCGGCGAAGAAGCUGGUAUUGAUGGCGGUGGUAUUACCAAAGAAUUUUUAACUACUGUGUCUGAUGAAGGAUUUAAAGAUCCAAAGCACGAAUUGUUUCGGACAAAUGAUCGCUAUGAGCUGUAUCCUUCGAUUGUUUAUGACACUUCGAAACUGAAGUAUAUAUGGUUUCUCGGAAAGGUGGUAGGUAAAUGCUUAUAUGAGCAUGUUUUGAUAGAUGUAUCUUUUGCUGAUUUCUUUUUGAAAAAAUUAUUAAAUUACUCGAACGGAUUCCUAUCUUCCUUUUCUGAUCUGGGAAGCUAUGACUCGGUGCUGUAUAGCAAUUUGAUCAAAUUAUUAAAUAUGACUACUGAUGAGAUCAAGUCUUUGGAUUUAACGUUUGAAAUUGAUGAGCCUGAAAGUCCUGCAAAAGUGGUUGACUUAAUCCCUAAUGGUUCAAAAACAUACGUGACGAAGGAUAAUGUGUUGUUAUACGUUACUAAAGUAACGGAUUACAAGUUAAACAAAAGGUGCUUCAAACCGGUUUCCGCAUUUCAUGGGGGGCUCAGUGUUAUCAUUGCUCCGCAUUGGAUGGAAAUGUUUAACUCUAUAGAACUACAAAUGUUAAUAUCAGGUGAAAGGGAUAACAUCGAUUUAGAUGAUUUAAAAUCCAACACAGAAUACGGGGGCUAUACAGAAGAAGAUCAGACAAUUGUAGAUUUUUGGGAGGUUUUGAACGAGUUUAAAUUUGAAGAGAAACUGAAUUUUUUGAAAUUUGUUACUUCCGUCCCACAAGCCCCUUUGCAAGGCUUCAAGGCGUUAGAUCCAAAAUUUGGUAUCAGAAAUGCUGGGACAGAAAAGUACAGAUUGCCUACGGCAUCUACCUGUGUUAAUUUAUUGAAAUUGCCAGAUUAUAAAAACAAAAAAAUUUUGAGAGAAAAAUUAUUGUAUGCAAUAAACUCGGGUGCCAGGUUCGACUUAUCAUAA